AGCUCGCACAUAGCUAUCGCGAGGUUAUCAAAUUAGCCUGGUUAGUUAGCUAGCGGCCGAAGCUGUACUCUGUCCAGGCGGCUUACAGUUUUUUAUUUCUCUAAAAGCAUCAAGAAGACUUGACUAGGUUGAUUUAUUAGUCGUUUCCUCCUCCUGCUUGAAAGGAAACUCGGCGGACCUUGAGUUUCACGGUUCCCAAUGAUGAGUUAUGCUGAAAAGCCAGAGGACAUCACAAAAGAGGAGUGGAUGGACAAAUUAAACAAUGUUCACAUUCAGAGGGCGGACAUGAAUCGACUAAUCAUGAAUUACUUGGUGACAGAGGGCUUCAAAGAGGCAGCAGAAAAGUUUCGGAUGGAGUCUGGAAUCGAGCCCAGUGUGGACUUGGACUCUUUGGAUGAAAGGAUAAAGAUUAGAGAGAUGAUCCUAAAGGGCCAGAUACAAGAGGCCAUUGCACUCAUAAACAGCCUACAUCCAGAACUGCUUGACACCAAUCGAUACUUGUAUUUCCAUCUGCAGCAGCAACAUUUGAUUGAGUUAAUCAGGCUAAGAGAGACUGAGUCAGCCCUGGAGUUUGCUCAGACACAGCUUGCAGAACAAGGGGAGGAGAGCCGAGAGUGUCUGACAGAGAUGGAGCGAACGCUCGCCCUUCUGGCCUUUGACAACCCUGAGGAGUCACCCUUCGGAGACCUGCUCAACAUGAUGCAGCGGCAAAAGGUGUGGAGCGAGGUGAACCAAGCUGUGCUGGACUAUGAAAACAGGGAGUCAACACCUAAACUUGCUAAACUCCUGAAGUUACUGCUGUGGGCUCAAAAUGAGUUGGACCAGAAGAAGGUGAAAUAUCCUAAAAUGACUGACCUCAGCACGGGCACCAUUGAUGACCCCAAGUGAACAGUCACCUACACAGCUACUUAAUUUAUAUCCUGUCAGUGACUGCGUGACAGCCCGGUAACAUGUAUGUGUAAACAUAUGUACAGUUUUGAUGUUUCCACGUCAUUUAUGAGGGGUAACUCAUCGUGCAAACUGUAAUUGCUGUAUUUGCAAAUAAUUCAGUUUAAAUACAGAUUCUAGGUUUUAUGAACUUCAAGUUUCUGUUUUAUAUUUUGUCUAUUCAAACCCUUCACUGUUGUAUUUCAGUGACCAUUUUUCAGAAAAGACUUAAUUCUGCAGUGAAGAGGGUUGAUUGUGUGAAUGAACAGUGUGUGAAGAUGUUACAGAUCUUAUCAGCCGAAGAUGUGUUCAGAUUGAGCUGGUGGAUGGCUUCAAGAAUUCAUGAACAUGUGAAUAUUUUUCCCAAUUAACAAAUGACAACACUUUAUUAGUGUUAUAUAGUUUUAAUCAGUGCUGUAUUUUAUGGUUUUAUUUAUCUAAAUGUGUGGAAGUUUGUUAUAAAUGCACCACACACUUUUCAGACCAUAAAAUUAAAUGUACAUUUACAGUAAAUACAUGA